AUGCCACGCCCGAUCGUCCCAGCGCAUCAACGACAAAGAGCAGCAGAAGCAUGCAAUCUCUGCCGCGAAACUAAAAAACGAUGUAGUGGUUCCGCACCUUGUACUCAAUGUGUGAGGCGAGGAUUGGAGUCGCAGUGUUUUAUCACGUAUGCGCCACGAGGAUCAAGAACCAGAGCAAGGGCAGAGAGAGCUGCUGCUACUGUUAAUUCAGUCACGAGCACAGGUCGGACGAGUUCAGUAUCCAACCAGAGUGUGCAGCAAAACUUGGAGACCGAAGAAAAUUACAGACCGCUUUCACCAUCUCAUUCACAACAAGAAGAUGACAGGGAUAGUCAGGCUGAUGCGUCGUCUGCUACGAAUCCACGGAUGCUCUUAAAUUCACGUGGUGAGAGAGUCUACAUUGGUGGUGCUGCAUCGAUAUCAUUUCUGCAAAUUGUUCGCAAUCUCGUCUCUCAACAAAUAGGACCUUCAGCAUUUUCUCAUAAUGAAAAGAGCGACACCAUGCUCGAGAUUGAAUCGCCAACUGCCACAACACACGAUCAUGAGAUUAAUGCAGAUCUAAGUCUUGCCCGAAAGACACAAUACCUACACUCAUAUUAUGCUGUGACGGAAGCAUUAAUCCACAUCUUUGACACACCCGAACUUGAAGCACAUCUUUUAAGCCCGGCAGAUUCACCCUCGCAUCUGAUAUCACCUCUCAAACAAGCCUCUCUCGACUUAGUAAUAGCAAUUGGCGCGCAAUGUGAAUCACUCUCCAGCUCUCGAACAAUAGGCCAAGCCUACUUCCGCAAAGCCCGCAGUCAAGCUUUUAUAGGAUUUCUCGAAGAUCCAGACCUCGAUAUGGUCCGUACCUUCGUUCUCAUGGCAUUUUAUAUGCUCGCUGCGAAAGCGGCUCUUGCGCUGGGGCUACAUAGUCGGGAAUCAUAUGGACAGAAGCCAGACUCGGCAGAUCAAGCCAAACUACGUGUUUGGAUGAGUGUAUGCAUCCUUGAUAAACUCGUCAACUCUCUCCUUGGCCGCCCAUCCGCUUCAGCCCAGAUCCGAUCGGAUAGCAAACUCGACGACGUCGGUCAACCAGGAGAUCGGAUAACCGAAUGCUUAAUGGCUGCAAACAAGAAAGUCACAAUCCCAAUAGUGGAACAGUUUCUCCAGGAUAUCGAGCGCUGGAAACGAGACCUUCCCGCAUCGGUGAAGAUACCCACAGAAGCAUCAGGACAGCAUGGAACUAUUGCAAAGGUGCAUGUUUCGUGUUUGUACUAUUUGGCUGUCAUGUUGGUUUCAAGGCCUUUCUUGAUAUCUACUCUGACAGCAAAGCCUCUUGCCAAGGGAGCACAUUCACAGUUGGCAGCAGCCUGUCUCGAUGCUGCUAUGUACUUGUCACAAAUAUGCGUUGAGGCACUAGACGCUGGCUUGCUACAGGGGAAUAUGUGUAUUAUGAAAGCGCUUGUGUUUGGCGCUGGACUAAUCCUCGGCCUCGAAAUAUUCGCAAAGUAUCCCGUUGAAUCAGACAUAAACACUGCGUUCCAGGGCGCAAAACAAGUUUUAAAGCACUUGUCAACUCAAAGUCCCCAAGCUGCGCACUACCUCGAUAUUCUCACGACUCUCUCAGGUGCAAUUGACAAGCGUCGCUCGUCGGAAUCAUCCACUGGUAGAAGUCGUUACGUUUCGAAGCUCUUCAGUUUGGAUGCACCUACUAAUUCGCAAGAUGAAAAUAUGUUGGAUGAUAUGUUUCCGUUUACGGAUGUUCAAGCUGGAGUGGCCGAUGAUGCGAUGCAGGAUUGGGUCUUUCAAGAGCCACAGAGUGGUGAUUUUAGUUUGGAUUGGGAGAGUUUGAACGUUUCCUUGUGGGAUACCUAUCCAUUUUUGUCAUGA